GUUUUUCCCUAUAAUUUGGAAUGUGGGAGGAGGGGGGAUCAUAGUUCUCCCUGAGUGAGACUUGCCUGCUCCUCUGGCCCCUGGUCCUGUCCUGUUCUCCAGCAUGGUGUGUCUGAAGCUCCCUGGAGGCUCCUGCAUGGCAGCUCUGACAGUGACACUGAUGGUGCUGAGCUCCCCACUGGCUUUGGCUGGGGACACCCGACCACGUUUCUUGGAGCAGGCUAAGUCUGAGUGUCACUUCUUCAACGGGACGGAGCGGGUGCGGUUCCUGGAUAGAUACUUCUACAACCAGGAGGAGUACGUGCGCUUCGACAGCGACGUGGGGGAGUUCCGGGCGGUGACGGAGCUGGGGCGGCCUGACGCCGAGUACUGGAACAGCCAGAAGGACUACCUGGAAGACAGGCGGGCCCAGGUGGACACCUUCUGCAGACACAACUACGGGGUUGGUGAGAGCUUCACAGUGCAGCGGCGAGUCCAACCUAAGGUGACUGUGUAUCCUGCAAAGACCCAGCCCCUGCAGCACCACAACCUCCUGGUCUGCUCUGUGAAUGGUUUCUAUCCAGGCAGCAUUGAAGUCAGGUGGUUCCGGAACGGCCAGGAAGAGAAGGCUGGGGUGGUGUCCACAGGCCUGAUCCAGAAUGGAGACUGGACCUUCCAGACCCUGGUGAUGCUGGAAACAGUUCCUCAGAGUGGAGAGGUUUACACCUGCCAAGUGGAGCACCCAAGCGUGACCAGCCCUCUCACAGUGGAAUGGAGACACACUGGACUUCAGCCAACAGGACUCCUGAGCUGAAGUGCAGGUGACCACAUUCAAGGAAAAUCCUUCUGCCCCAGCUUUGCAGGAUGAAAAGCUUUCCCGCCUGGCUGUUAUUCUACCACAAGAGAGGGCUUUCUCGGGACCUGGUUGCUACUGGUUCAGCAACUGCAGAAAGUGUCCUCCCUUGUGGCUUCCUCAGCUCCUGCCCUUGGCCUGAAGUCCAGCAAUGAUGGCAGCACCUCAUCUUCAACUUUUGUGCUCCCCUUUGCUUAAACCCUAUGGCCUCUUGUGCAUCUGUAUACUCACCCUGUACCACAAACACAUGACAUUAUUAAAUGUUUCUCAGAGAUGAAGUUAAAUAUCAUCUGGUCCAUUUGACUCCAAAGACAAAAAAUGAAAAGAAAAAGGGAGGAUUAUUUCCCCAUAGAAUAAAGAUGUUCAUGUAUAUGUCAUGAGUAUGUGAGGUAAUGCAUAUGUUAAAUAGCAUGAUUUAGACAUUCCACACUACAGGCAUAUAUCAAAACCUCACGCUGUACAACAUAAAUAUACUAUACAAUUUUUACUUGUCAAUUAAAAAAGUAAACCUAAUGGUUAAAAAAGCAAUGCAUAAAAACUGAGAACAGACUAUAACAACUGAAACAAACUCGGCCAACAUGAGAUGAGAAACCAGCCAGCAAGGCAAUCAGAACUCUUUCUUCACCCCGUCUACAAUAUUUUGCAUUUAUAACUGUAAAUUAGUGUAUAGUGUUUCACUCCAGAGACUUCAAUAAUAUAGUGUCAUCAAAGGACUUGUACAGAUUUCAGAGAAAGACAAAUUUAGAAGACCGAAGGUUCUCCAUUAUGUUCUAUCUGAGAGUCAGUAUGAAAUGUCAAAUCUGAAAGUACAUAAUUCAGAGGUCUAUUUCAAAGUAAUAAUCAUUUCAGCAUAAUUUCUCCACUGUCAGAGAUGACUGUUAUUUUAUUUUCAAUCAAAUUAAAAGUUGUUUCUAUGC